GGCGGGGCACACACGGCGUGGCGUGAGGCGGCGACGGAAGGAGGAGGUGGCGGCAGCGGCGGCGGGAGGAUUUGGCGGCAGCGGCGGGAGGAUUUGGCGGCAGCGGCACCGGCACCAUGAGCGUGCGGCUGAGCGAGGGGGCCAUCGCGGCCAUAAUGCAAGGGGAGGAAGUCUCCAAGCCUGUGCUGCAAGUCAUCAAUACACGGGCUAUUGCCACAGGAACUGGGCCCCCACGUUACCGAGUGCUGAUGAGUGAUGGGGUGAACACCCUCUCCUCAUUCAUGUUGGCAACACAGCUGAACUCCCUGGUGGAAGAGGAACGCUUGUCAGCCCGGUGUGUUUGCCAGGUUAACAGAUUCAUUGUCAACAGCCUGAAAGAUGGAAGGAGAGUGGUGAUCCUGAUGGAUGUAACAGUCCUGCAAAGUGCUGAUCAGGUUGGUGGGCCUAUUGGCAAUCCCCAGCCAUACAAUGAGGGACAAGGGCAACGUUCUGCAGCUCCAGCAGGAAACCCAGCAGCCAGCAAACCACAGCAGCAAAAUGGCAAUUUGUCUGGAGCAGGUCCUGCUGCUCCCAAGUACUACGCUCCCUCCAACCAGUUUGGAAAAGCGAGUGCUCCCAGUGCCAUGAAGACACCUGGGGGGUCUCAGAUCAAAGUGGUGCCAAUUGCCAGCUUGAAUCCAUACCAGUCCAAGUGGACCAUUUGUGCUCGUGUUACCCAAAAAGGUCAGAUCCGCACGUGGAGCAACUCUCGUGGGGAAGGAAAGCUCUUUUCCGUAGAGCUGGUUGAUGAAAGUGGUGAGAUUAGAGCUACUGCAUUCAACGAUCAAGCAGACAAGUUCUUUCCACUCAUUGAAUUGAACAAGGUAUAUUAUUUUACCAAAGGCAAUUUGAAGACUGCUAACAAGCAAUAUACAGCUGUUAAGAAUGACUAUGAGAUUACAUUCACUAAUGAGACUUCAGUUGUGCCCUGUGAUGAUGCCCAGCAUCUUCCAUCUGUUCAGUUUGAUUUUGUAUCCAUCUCUGACUUGGAGAACACGCCCAAAGACUCGAUUGUUGAUGUAAUUGGAAUUUGCAAGAGCUACGAAGAUGUCACUAAAAUUACAGUGAAAGCUAACAAUAGGGAGGUUUCAAAGAGGAACGUGCAUCUGAUGGAUACAUCAGGGAAACUGGUGACAGCUACACUGUGGGGAAAUGAGGCUGAACAGUUUGAUGGUUCCAGACAACCUGUGAUUGCCAUCAAAGGAGCCCGUGUCUCUGACUUUGGUGGCAGAAGCCUGUCUGUCCUGUCCUCCAGCACAGUUGUCAUCAACCCUGAUAGCCCAGAGGCUUUCAAACUCCGAGGAUGGUUUGACUCUGAGGGUCAGCUUCUGGAAUGUACCUCCAUCUCUGAUGUGAGGGGUGGGCCAGCAGCUGGAGCAAAUACCAACUGGAAAACUUUGUUUGAAGCCAAAUCUGAGAACUUGGGACAAGGAGAUAAGGCAGAUUAUUUUAGCUGUGUGGGCACAAUUGUACAUCUGCGCAAAGAGAACUGCAUGUACCAGGCAUGUCCCUCUCAGGAUUGCAACAAGAAAGUGAUAGACCAGCAGAACGGACUUUACCGCUGCGAGAAGUGUGACCGCGAAUUCCCCAACUUCAAGUACCGCCUGAUGCUCCUGGUGACCAUUGCAGACUGUCUGGAGUAUCAGUGGGUGACUUGUUUUCAAGACACAGCAGAAUUCAUUCUUGGCCAAAAUGCAGCUUUCCUGGGAGAACUGAAGGAAAAGAACGAGCAGGCUUUUGAAGAAGUGUUCCAAAAUGCAAACUUCAACACCUACGAGUUCAGGAUCCGGGUGAAACUGGAGACUUACAACGAUGAAUCUCGUAUUAAGGCCACAGCAAUGGACGUCAAACCCGUGAACUACAGAGAAUACAGCAAGAGGUUGAUUGCCAACAUCAGGAGAAAUGCUCAGCUGGGAUGAGGAGGCCAGUGCUGGCUGCUUGAGCCUAGAAUUUCCAGGAAAAACUCAAUAGAUUAACGUUACAUUGACAUUUCCCCCACCUCUGUGUGACAGUUGGGCAUUAGUUACAUCCAGCCUAGUGGGCUGAGUGAUUUUUGCAUUUCUCUGGAGAUGUGCCCUGGGAGGUAGGAGUGCACUCUGAUGGCCACCACUUUGCAGCCUGUUGUGUUCUGUUAAACUCUGUCAGAGCUGAAGAGGAAUCUCUAGACAGAUUGCCAAGGUCUUUAGACAAACCACUCAGAAUGUCUGAAGUAACUUUGCUCUCUUCCUAUAUGUAAAGCUGAAUUAUAUAACCAUUUUGUCUUCUUUGCAAGGGAGUAGUGACAACCUUGACACUUUGACUUGUUCAGCAGAGGGCAGGAGGAGCAGUGUCAUGGAGCUUUCAGAUCUGGACAGAAGAGAACAGGUCUAUUAGUACAAGUUAGUUCCCUUCCAUAGAAUUCAAAGGCUUUCACUUUCCACAGGUGCCAUGCAGUUGUUAAUGCUUGGAAUGGCAAUAUGGUAGAAUUAUUAAUCAAAGACAUAUCUCUUAUAUCUGAAGAAUAUCCUUCCUUCAGGGUUUAAUAGACUGAGUCAGAUGGGUCUGAUAUUAAUCAAAAUUGUCUCUUCUGAGGAAGGCAGAUAAGCAUUGACUCUCCAUCCCCCAGGGAAAUCCAGGCAACUACAAAGCAUUGCUUUAGUUUUCUCUUCAAUUAAUACUAUGGAUUUCUGACUGAUUUUUUUUUGGCUUCACAAUUCCUGCCUAUACAUGUUUUGUAUGUUUGUAUGUUGAGUUUCUUUGGUUUUGUUUGUAAUGAUGUUAAUCAGAAAGAGGUCUUUAAGUGGGGGGUGCUUUGUUUCAAUAAACACUGUUUAAUUCCUGUGUA